ACAAUAUCUCAUCGAGUCAUCUUUUCCGGAUUUUUGGAACUGGGACUUUAAAGCUUAAGAAUGUUGUCGAUCUGGGUCGAUGAAGAAGUGGUUGCCCUUUAUGGAGCACUUCAUAUUAAGGAAACGCCGAAGAACAAGUCCGAUCCAAUAUGAAAACAAAACUACGGAAGAAGAAGAGAGUACAGAUUUCAAGCUCGCCAUCCUCUGCUCUCAAUAUCCGGAACUUGAUGAAUCUGCGUUAUUGGAAACCUUACUGGCUUGUGAAGGGUCUGUGGAAGCGGCAUCUGAAGCUCUAGAGCACGGGGAUACGUUUCGAUCGCCUAAGAAAAGAGACGGGAGCAGGGCUAUACAAUCUUCAUUGUCGUCUUUUGGAAUGCAAACCACCUCUGCUGGCCUAUCUGCGACCCAUGCUAAGAAGAAGCUAACUAGAAAGGGUCGUACACUCCAUCUGUACGCUCCAGCAGACAUUGAAGCUCAUACGCCGUGCUCCAUCAUCCAUAACUUUUUGCCAACUGAGGAGGCAGACGCCCUUCUAAAAGAGUUGCUCCAGGAGGCAGUUUCUUAUCAGUCCGAGGUCUUCAAGCUUUUCGACAACGUCGUUCAAUCUCCCCAUACCAAUUGCUUUUACGUCGACUCGUUGGAAGAAGCUCAACGCCAGAAGACAGAGUACACCUACAACGGCAGUCGAGUCAAAGAUGUUCGAGAAAUUACACCUGAAAUGCGCAAAGUCAGAGCCAAAGUACAAAAAGCUGUCAAUACCGAGAUCGAGCGCCGUGUCCGCGACUAUUACCCGGAAGGAAAGAAGCUGAAGUACCAGUCUCCUCAUCCGUGGGAACCCAAUGCAGCUUUUGUCAACUGCUAUGACGGUCCUCAUCAGAGCGUGGGGUAUCAUGCUGAUCAGCUUACCUACUUGGGCCCUAGGGCAGUAAUCGGAAGUUUAAGCCUUGGUGUCGCACGCGAAUUCCGAGUCCGGCGUGUGCUUGCAAAGGACGACGAAUCUGAGUCGGACAAUAAGACCUCCAAACCCAACGAAAAACGCGCUGAUGCCGAGGGUCAAAUUGCCAUUCAUCUUCCUCACAAUUCUCUACUAGUGAUGCACGCCGAAAUGCAAGAGGAAUGGAAACAUUCGAUCGCGCCAGCACAAGCGAUUGAUCCCCAUCCACUGGCACAGAACAAGCGGAUCAACGUCACUUACCGACACUACAAGAACUUCCUACAUCCUAAAUAUACACCUCUAUGCAAAUGCGGCGUGUCAUGCAUUUUGAGGUGUGCGAUGAAGAAACCGGAGCAUCGCGGUCGAUACAUGUGGAUGUGCCAUACCAAUUAUGCGCCAGGAAAGGAAGGCUGCUCUUAUUUCAAAUGGGCCGAAUUCAACGAUGAUGGAGAACCGGAGUGGGCCACUUCUGUUAACAGAGAGCAAUCUAGCCCUAAAGAACAAUGAGAAGGGGCACGAUCCGUGUGUUGUCCUCGGCUAGCAAUCUGUUCCGCUGAUCGAGCAACCUAUUGUUACCAAUAUCGAAUGCUAUAGCGGCAUGUGCAAAAAGGUUUGCUGAAACCGAGAAAGCGUUCCUGAUCCAAUUGGGCAUUGCGUUAUCCUCAUCCUUUUUCAAUGGGCUCACUGCGCAAAUAUAUCGAAAUUGAUGAAUCCGGUGUUCACACGCCGCCACAGUACCAGCCUCAGUUCAUGAUCCGUGGUCCAAAUUUGUUCAUCGAAUCUCUCGG